AUGGGGAGGCUGGGUUUUGGGGUGAAAUGCAUUUCGUCAGUGAGAUUCUGGAUGUUGGUGAAUGGGGCUACGUCUGGCUUCUUUGGCAGUUCUCGGGGAUUGAGACAAGGGGAUCAUCUUUCUCCUUUUUUGUUCACUAUUGUUAUGGAGGCUCUUAGCAAGUUGAUGAGGAGGGCUAUGGAUUUGGGAUUCAUUAGGGGCUUCAGGGUGGGCAGAGACUCUUAUGAGAUAGAGGUUUCCCAUUUGUUAUUUGCGGAUGAUACAUUAGUCUUAUGUGAUGCUGAUGUGUCCCAAAUAAGAUAUUUGAGAUGUCUUUUAGUUUGCUUUCAGGCUGUUUCGGGUCUAAAAGUGAUAAGGAAGAGUUCGUUAGUCCCUGUGGGGGAGGUGCAUAACAUUGAUGAGCUUGCAGCGGUGCUUGGGUGUGGGAUCUCCUCUUUCCCCAUUUCUUAUUUGGACUUGCCUCUGGGUUCACCGUCAAGAAGGGUGGGAGGUUGGGACCCUGUGGUUGAGAGGUAUGAGAAGAGACUUGCUGAGUGGAAGAAGCAGUAUCUUUCGACGGGCGGGAAGGUCACCCUCAUGAAGAGCACAUUGGCGAGUCUUCCCACAUACUUUCUCUCUCUUUUUCAGAUCCCAGCCACCAUGGCUGAAAGGAUUGAAAGGCUAAUUGCGUAA